AUGGCGUCCCGUGGCUGUGGGACUUGUCGUAAACGUCGGGUGAAGUGCGACGGCGCUCAGCCAAUAUGCAAUCGAUGUCAAAAGGCCAAAGUCAAGUGUGACGGUGUACAGAACAGCUUUCUGUUCUUGAAUGAAAAUGAAUACGCUGUCGGGCGGCGGAAGCGGCCUCGUGGACCUAACGUCAAAGGCAGUUCCAUUGUAGAGAAGCAAGUAGAACAGCAAGUCGAGCAGCCAAAUUUAGGAAAGGAUCUGGUGAUCUUCGAGACCUCUUCUACGACGCCCGUCGACUCUGUUGUCAUGGAUCUUGACAACUAUUCGAUCCUACCGGCGUUGAAUGUACCUCUAGAAGAUCAAGCCAUCGCCUACUUUUCGCGGCAUCACGAGACUCCUCAUGGCAUGCCUGAAAUGGUACAAGGUCAUAUGCGGUUUGCGUUCGCUGGGUGGAUACUCUCGUCGAAUGUUUCGAUACUGGAACGAGCAGUAUCUGCUGUUGCCCAUGCUAUAUUUGGAAGAGCUCGCCAGAAUCAAGCUGCUCUAUCUGCCGGCAUGGCAUUCUACGCGGAGGCGUUGGCCAGGACCAAUACCGCGCUCCGAAGUCCGCAGGACGCCACGAAUGAUGAUGUAGUACUCUCCGCCAUGUUGUUGUCCUUCUACGAGAACUGUAUGAUGGACAGGAAGCAAGCACUGCUUGAAGACAAUAUUCGCAGAUUAGCCAGUAGAAGCUUCGCCCAUCACGACGGUGCCAUUUCUUUACUGAAGCUGCGACGGCAGCACAGUGAUCGUACGAGCGUCAGCCUCCAGAUUGACAAGCUUGUGCGUCGACAACUCCUGCGGACACUGCUUCUCAGAAGCAUGCCCGUUCCAAUGUUAUUGCGAGAUGGGGCUCAAUUUGGCGAAGAGGGCAUUGCCCUGGAAUUUGACCGUUGUCUUGUCAUUGCCGCAAAGCUCAGAAGCCAGAACCUGGCGUUGAAUCUCGACUCUACCAAGCCUGCCUUGUCGGACAGCUGCGAAAAGAUGGACAGCAUCCGCGUUCUCCUGAGUGAAGCUCAGGCUCUUGAAGAUACGUUGGCCAUGUGGGCGUUGGAUCUGCCCAUGGAGAACUGGUACAGCACAUAUGCAACAGAGCACGAUGGACAGGCCGAGACCAAAGACCGCAUCUUUGGCGACAUGGCCCAUAUAUACCCAACAGUCGGUCACGCAGGCAUGUGGAAUCGGUACCGCGUCAUACGGCUCAUCACAAACGACAUCAUGAUCAAAGUGCUCUCUGCACUCUCUCGAUCCCAGGGCUUCGAUCAACAUGAUCUAGUCAAGACCAUCAAUUCCCGGAUCAGUCGCCUUUAUGAAGAACUCUGCCUUAGCGUACCCUACAUGCUCGGUCUUAUCGGCUCGCGGCCUGUCGCCACAGACAUGCCACUCAUGGCCAAAGCACCUACGUCUUUCAAGGAAGCAGUCACAGUGACAAACGCGAGCCUUCUUUGCUGGCCACUGGCAAUGCUCGUGACCGCGACGUAUGUCCCAAAGCGUUUCGACAAAUACUUGACGGAUCGUCUACUUGACUGUAGUAUUAUCAUUGAUGACGGUGUCCUUGAGAGAAUCGCUGUGAGCACAAGGCAACCCCGGCCUGCACUGAGUGCGACUUGA